AUGAAAGGACGGACACAAAGUCCAGAAACCGAAGCACCCCAAAAGUCCACCUAUACCUCAGUCCCGGCGACUUGUGGAUGUGGCAACGUGAAGCUGUUGAUUCAACGCCCUCAGCAACUGUUGGGCACGGGCGACAAGAGCCAGAAAGCAGUCCAGCUCCCAUGGUCCCCAUACCCUGAUCUUAUGUUCCCUUACAAGACAACCCCAAAGGACAAACUGGACAAUCCUUCAGACGAGAAGUGGUACCUUCGCAAAACAGGCGGAGAAUCUAAAUAUAUGGCCGGUACAUGUGCUUGUAAGUCAUGUCGGCUCAUCACAGGCUACGAGAUACAGACCUGGGCUUUCAUCCCGAGAGUGGCCAUCAGUAUCCUCAUAUCGCCAGACUCUGCCACUACUGGAUCAGCAUCGAAUAUCUCUGCCAGAGAUACGACACAAAACGCCGAAUCUUCUUACAUCCCUCUCGACUUCGAAGUGCUCGGGAGUCUACCAGACCAGCGAAACCCGCUUCGGACCUAUGAGUCUUCCCCAGGAGUCCUUCGCGAAUUUUGCCACGGAUGCGGUGCCACGGUCUUCUGGCAUUCGAAGAGUGACGACCCGAAUGUCACAAAGGUAUACGACUAUCGCACUGCGCAAACCUGCGCGGCGUACCUCAUUCCAUACCUCGACCCGCAUUUUGAUGCCCUCGACGUCAGUAGUGGGCCAGGCGGCAUUAUCAGGGACCUCGCGCUGAUUUGCUCACAGGGACAUACUCUGGGUCCUGACAUGUCCCAGGGCGUUGUCUUGCAGGCUGAAUCCAAACACAAAUAUCAGGCGGGAAAUCUUUCAUUCGCCGUUGGAAACGCGGAGGACCUGUCUCAGUUCCUGGACAACAGCUUCGAUGUCGUCCACUCUCACAUGGCCAUCUUCCACCUUCGCGAUCCAGCUCAGGCCUUCAGGGAGUUCAUCCGGGUUUGUAGGCCCGAAGGUGUGGUGGCAACGCGGGACCCGGGCAAUGAAUGGUCCGUGACGGAUGUCAAGCCAGACUUGCCUGUGAUACGCUAG